UUUUCUUUUUCAUUACACUACAAGCGGCUGAUGAAUGAAUGAGAAUGAGUAAUUCCUAGUUAUAAUGUUGUAACUUUAUCUUCAGCGUAUUAUUCUCAGCAAAAUAUUACGGAAGUGCUAGAAAAUUGCCAAAAAUAUUGUAAGCUUUAACUCUUAAUAUCCUCUUCGCUUUUGACCAGAUUAACAUUCAAUGUUAACCUCUUAUUUCAAUUCGUCCUAGUGAGUGUUCAUGGUUGCUACAUUGAAUUUUAAAGGAUUUGUGUUUAAUAAAUAGGCCUAAUUUAUGACAUUAAGGCCGGUGGAUUUUAUUGUUAGAGAGGUACUCCCUGUCUACUUUGCCCCGUCAGUAACAUGGCCACUCGUAAACUCAAAUUCAAACCAAAGCCAGUAAUUGGUGGUGGAUCAGUUCGUAAGACAAAAGAGAAGGAUGAUGUACCAGAACUUGCAGCCAAGGCAUCAAUCAUAUCCGACAAAGAAGACUUAAGUGAUAAAAACAUUGAAAACAGUUCUAUCACAGAAAACAUCCAUAUAGAAUCAAAUAGUGAAGAAAAAGUUUUGAAAAAACUUAAAACAGAUGAUGGUUCCUGUGUAAGUCGUUUAGAAGAUGUCCAACAUGAGUCUAAUACAAGUCAACAUCAAGAUUCUCAAAGUGGUGCACCCACAUCUAGUCAGUGUAUACCAAAUAAUAUCACAUUUGAACAACAAAGGCUUGUACCAACAGAUCUGAUUGUAGAGAGUGACCAGGUAACUACAGUCAGUUCCGAUUGUAAUGAUAGUCACAAAACCAAACCACCACAGGCCGCAGAAGUUGAGACUGUAAUAGUUAUAAACGAUUCUCUGCCUGCCAAAGAUACUGGAAACUGCACUAAAUCAUCUAAACCUGAUUCUGUUAAAGGCUUGCCACGUUUUGGACGAUCUCGUUGUAAACCUAUUUUGACCAAUCCUGGACUCAGAAAGAAAAAUGAUGUUAAGACAUCUACUGAAAAUGUUUCAGUCUCUCUAAAUAAUGGUUUUAUCAAAUCAAUGGAUGGUAAUCCAAUUGUGUCCAAAAAUGAACAAUCAUCAAGUGGAAAUGUUUCAGUUAUAGCUGAAGAUAAUGUUGAUGUAUCUGGUGUAAAUAGUUUAAAACCUUGUGAAAGUGUUUCAGUUAUACCACAAGUAAGAACAGAAUCUGUUAUUAAAAAUCUAAGAACAGAACUAACUAAAAAUGGUUCUGUAGUGAAUGAAAUAAAAGAUAAUAUUUCUUCAAUAGAGUCUAAUGUUGUAGUUGAUGUGAAAGAAAGUAAUAAAAUAGUUCCUCCUCAGAUAUCUUUGAGUAAAGAUUGUGAAACUGUGAGUGUUGAAAGUGAAAGUGGGUGUAAGUCAUCAUUUCAUAUUCUACCAAAUAUUUCUAGCAAAGGUGGAAAUUCAGUUGUAAAAAAACAGAUUGUAUCAGCGCAAACUGAGUUAAACAGUAUUAGUGAAAACAGUGUAAUAGUAAUAAACUUAAGUAAUACAGCACUGAGCUCUGACUGUUCAUUAAAUAAGUCAGAACAAGAGAGUGAAAUGAAAGUAGAUCUGCCAAACACAAAUAAUAUAUCUCAUAAACUUCCAUUGUCUCCUCUUAAACCGAUAUCUAAAGUUCUUGUACCCAAACCAAGUCCUAGAAUUUCUGACAUCGCUCAAAGAAGAAUUAGUUUUCAGGGAAGUGAUUCUGAGGACGAAUCAAAGAGGAAACCCUCUCAGUCAUCUUGUGAUAUUACUAAAACUUAUACCAAAGAAAAAAAAGAAAAGGUUUUAAAAAAAGAGAGCAAGCGAAGACGUUCACAAGGUUCGACUUAUUCAAAAAUGGGUCAAGAAACAAUGGAGAAGCUCAAUAAAAGAUUUGGAAAACACCAAUCUCCCGAUAAGACAAAAUUGACUAUGUUAGAUUUUAUAUUCUACAAUCCAAAGAACAAUCCAAUGACCGAAAAAACAGAUAAUGCAUCAAGUGGGAAAAAGAAGAAAGAUAAGGAAGAAGUAAUUGGGGAAGCUCUGGAUGAGACACUGGCAGAGCAACAAGUAGAUGAUGUAGAAGCCCCCUCAGCACCAUCUGCAAUACCAGUACCUCAGCUGAAAGUCGGUCCUGAUGGUCAAAUCAUCCUGGACCCCAAGAGUUUGGUUAUUGAGACAACAGGCAUGGAGAAGAGUAGAGCUGAGCUGGAAAACUCACAGGUUGUCCAGGAGACUGGAGCCACCCGUUACAACACCUACAGCAAGCGCAAAGCUAAAAGACAUGAAUGGACAGCUCGAGAAACCGUGCAAUUCUACAAAGCUCUGCACACAGUGGGAUCAGAUUUUGCCAUCAUGACCAAACUCUUCCCCAAGCGCUCCAGACACGAGUUGAAGCUCAAAUUCAAACGUGAAGAAAGGAUAAACCUCAACUUGGUGGACAAGGCAAUGACCGCUCCAGCUGAUUUUGAUUUUACAAAUUUAGAAGAGGAGUUGAGAGAAGAAAAUGAUCAAAUAGAAAAAAAGAAGAUUGCAAAGAAGAUGGCGGCAGAAGCUGCAAAGAGAGAACGAGCAUUAAAGAAGGAAGAAAAAGAAAAAUCUAAAAACAAACAAAACAAGAACAACAAUAAAAAUAAUAAAAAUGUUAUAAAAGGACAAGCUUUCAGAGAGAUCAAUGAAGCUGACCAGGGAAUCAAUCCUAACAUUAGUGUCAGCAUUAAAAAAAUGUAAAAAUAAAAAAAAGCGGAAGUCAGAAUUUUAUGAUUCUGAUCUGGAAGAUGACAUCCAUUCUAUUUCAUCACAAGAAGAUGAGAGUCUUAAAUUCCUUAUGAUGGUGAAAGAGACACAAUCAGGCCGUAAGCCCAAAUUGACAACUAAACUUGAAGAAUACGAGGAAAUCAAUGAAACUCUGAGGCAGAAACUGCAACGCCAGUCGGACUCGGAAGAGGAGUACGUACCAAAUGGUCCGGACGCUGACAUGUUGUUUGGAGACCCCAUAGAGGCUCCAGAAGAAGGGCAAUGGAACGUUGAGAUAACAGACUUGCCCAAUAUCGAAGAAACAGUCUUGCUCAACAACAAUACAGAGGAUGUCAGCGAACUAUCUGGACUUGGUUCGUUCGGACAAAACGAGUCUGCCCUAGAUCUGUCCAUGCCUGUCAGAGCGAGUCUUCAGAGAGAAAUACUAUGUGAGGGACCUAUAAACUGUUCGUUAUUGAAUAGAAGUAUAAUAUCAGAAAGUAUUCAAAUUAUGGAUGAGUUAACAUCAGAUAUACAUGAUAAUGUACGUGAGGAAACAUUGUCUGACAGCAAAGUACCGUUGCCUGGUUUUGAAUCUGUAAGUCGUUCUCGGCCCCCCAUGGUGUAUCCUUUACAUGCUUCGGACAUAUCCGUUAGUUGUGAGGAUGAGGUGAGAGAAAGUAGUAAUGUAGAUAAUAUAGGUUUUAGGUAUUACAAUUCAGAAGAAUGUAUACUAGGGGAUUAGUUAGUCCUUUUAGAGUUUUAUUGUAUAUAACUACUGCUGUGAUAGUAGAUUUGUAUUGUUUAUUGGUUCUCAUAUAAGACUUUUUUAUUUACU